UUUUGCCAAACCCCUCUACCAACUGCCUUGGCCACGCGUUCGCUGUCCAAACUUCCUUCCGGCCUUCCAGCUUCACCCCUGUUUCGUGGUUCCAUUUCUCCGUUGAAUAAAGUUCCCAGCUCAUUUGCCUUCCUGAUUAGCGAAACUGAGUACCUGAGCAUUUCACUGACUCCGUUAGACUAUGCAUUUGACUAUGACCCUCUCAUACCCCGGAAGUCCAACAAAUCCAACAAUCCGGACUUAUCCACAACCUCGAAUUCGAAUGUGAAUCUCAAAUCCAGUUGUACUGUGAACAAUGCAACCGUCAUUACACCAACCAAUUUGGAUUCUGGGGACAGUAUCCAUCUCCUUUGCCCAGCGGUAGUAACAGUUGGCACGCUUCAUCAUUUGCUCCUCGCCAAAUACCAGCUAGAUCCGGUUCGUCAGGUUAUGGAAGCAGAGGUCGGUCGUACUCAGGCUGCUCUCCUGUUAUACGAAUUCGAAUGUUGUGCACGUUGUAUCCGGCGCAUGUUGUACGGAGCCACAAGUCAACCGGCUGACUUUCUGCAUUUAGCCGACGCUGAACGCGAAACCCCAAUAUGCCCGAUCUGUUGUGGCGUGUUGCAUCAUCCCCGUCUGUGCACACUUCCCGCGGACUAUGACCGGUCCAAGUAUCAGCCAGCCGAGAAUGAAGCCGAACGGUAUAUGCUGGCCGAAAUGCUAUACAAGAUGGACGCUUCCGAUUUCGAGUAUUUGGCCUGUCAGUUCAAGAUCACUGAACCGAUAAACCAUCUGCUUCGGGAGCAUAUCAUGUGGUCCCGUUUGCAUGAUCUGGUCACUGGCAUGAAAUUGGACUCGUAUGCCGAUCCAGUCUGGCGGAAUACCCAUCCCCCCGGACAAAUCACUUGCCUGUUCACGACGAAAGAUUUGCAACGAUGGCAGCGAACUCGGAUCGCGGAAAGACAAGUGUGGUACUGGAUCGUGUCCCAUAUCCUCUCGGCCGCGAUUGAGGUUCCCGCUAUCAGUCAACUGGUCGAGGUUCACAAUCCUGCAUUUCUCAAGUCAAACAAUCUCGAUCCGACUCUGUGUGAUCCAGAAACAGUCGUCCUGGCAGCCUCAGCCGUCCUAUCGGAUACUCAGUCUCGCGAGGAAUUGGAGCAGUUCUUGCAAAGCGCAGACCGGUGUCCAAUUGGCAGUAUCCGCAAUCACGCCAAUGAAAUGCUCAAACAGAUACGAGCCAAACGGAAAUCAUACUCCCCGAACGGGAACGUUUUAUCCCCGGAUCCAAACCCAUUCGAAUUAGGUCGUGGGCGCAUGGUUCAGUUUUUGUCCGAGUUGUGGAACCGUUCGACAUGUUUAUGUUUGUCCCUACACUCCAAACCAAAUCUGCCCAAAUGGGGCGACAUCAAAUUGCAACGGGUUGUCCCGAUUGUUUUGGCUGGGCGUUAUGUGAAAUUUAGUCGUCGACUUCCACACACACCGUGGAUCAUCGAUUCCAAACGAAAACUGCCCUCGUCCGUGGAAGAGCUGAUCUUAAAUCCUCUCCGAGCACAGUUCGGAUCCGGAUCGCAGCUGAGUUUCAGUUCAGCUGGUCGAGAGGAUGUGGAUGCCAGAUGUCUCGGUCUUGGUCGUCCAUUCAUGGUUCGCAUCAGUUAUUUUGAGGCCUUUUUUCCCGACCUCGUUCGAUCCUUUUCAAUACGAGCGCAACAGUCGAAGACGACCGGUCCGGUUGAUUUGCUUCGUUUGGCCUCGUUGAUCAAUACACAAGGAGAGGGGAAAGUUCUGGUUCGUGACCUACAGAUUGUCUCCUCCGUCGAUGCGACCAAGACCAUCAAAUGUGGCGAACUAAAGAAAAGUAAACAUUACCGGGCCCUUUGUUGGUGUCCGGGCGGUGGACUGACUACGGAAUUAAUUCAACGUGUGGCUGAACAGUGCAACCAAUUCUCACCAACUAGCAAGCCACGGAAUACAUCCGAUCUUGUCUGGCCCCCUCAAUCGGUCCAAUCAGACCCGGACAAGAACGAAGCCAGCACCGCAACCAGACCUUCAUAUCCACGAAUUGUGUUCGGCCCGCUUGAAGUGUGUCAGCUCACCCCGAUCCGAGUGUUACAUCGCCGUGCUCUGUUGGACAGACCGCGAGUGAUCAAAUCAUUCGAGUUGGCCUCGUUCGAACAGGUCAUGUCUAAUCCGGAUAUGGAUCUCAAGGACUAUGAACCGUGGCAAAAACUAUACCCGAUCAAUGAGUUAUUCAUCCUACAUGUACACUGUGAUGCGGGUUCCUAUGUGAAAGAAUUUGUACACGGUGACCUCGGUCGAUGCACGCCCAGUUUAUCCAGUCUGGUCGGGCGUCAAUUGGAUCUGCUCGCAUUGGAUGUGUGUGGGAUCGAUUUCGACUGGCCACCGAUUCUACCGGAUCCCGAACCACCCAUUCAGCCGACCAAUGUUUGA